GUUGAUGUAGAAGUGACCCGCUCAAAGACCCGGACACGUGGACCAGGAGCAACGCACCUUGGACACUGACACCAGUAAGCUGCUGAAGAUGAGUGAUCCAGCAGAGUUCCUACUGAUCAGAGAUCAGUACGAGUUGGCCUUCCACAUUCUGGAGCGCGGGCUGUCAGCAGAAGAGGCUGGUCACAAAUCAGACGCACUGUUAUAUUACAGAAAAUGCCUACAACAUCUAAACCAAGGUGUCGGGGUCCCCACAGAGGGGGACAAGUUCCAGGGACAGUGCUGGGACAAUGCCCGGCAGGUCCAGCAGAAGAUGAGGAGCACUAUACAGACGGUCACCUCUCGCAUGUACGAGCUGGAGACGUCUCAGGAGGUGACAGCAGACCAGAGGAGCAGACUGUUGAUGAAUCUGCCCCAAAACUGUUACCCAGAUCUGGGUCCAUACAGCCAGCCUCCAAACAGCUCCCUCCUUCAUCUGUACCCCUCUGUACCUGCCACCAACCACGGCACCAGCCCAGUGCCCCCUCCCAGGCCUCCCUCUCCCAGUGUCCCUAAACAGUCUGCUACAGCUCAUCCUGCUACAGCCAUGUCUAAUCCUGCAGACCAACCACCAGCCUAUACCCCACGGCCCACAGUCCAACACAGUCUCUACUAUGAUGCUAAUAACAGACUUGUGGCAGUGGCAACAAAUGAAAGGGAACUUAUUCACAUUCCCGCGGGGGUGCAGAUGUUUUUUGUGGCACCGAAUGGCCAGGUGAGCUCGCUGUUUUCCCCUGGAUUUCUACGUAUUUUUACCAUGGAUUCAAAGGAAACGGACUCCGAACAACCUUCAGCAUUUUUACAUGUGUGUGAAUGGCUGUAUCCUCUGACUCAUGACACUCCCGUGCUUUUGGCUAACUCUGGGAUCUACAUGUUCCCUGACACUUUGACCACAGUCCCGGGGACGUUUGUGGGUAUUGUGCUCUCCUCUGAUCUACCCACUGCAGACCAAGAGCUGUUUCAGGAUGUCCUGGCACAGAUUGUUGAAUUCAGGAUUCAGGACCCAGAAGGGAUUGAUUCAGAGGUGAUAAACCUGAGCCAGAAAGUCCCUCUUCUUCCACCUCGACCGGGAGCAAAAAAUGAAGAGGAAGUAAAACCACCUCUUCCCAAAUGGAGUGAGAAGAUGGCCGAACGUAUUCUGCAUGGAGCAACCUGGCUAAGUGAAGAAUUCAUAAAAGGAGCAGACGCUACAAGUCGGGCCAUUCAUAGGUCUGGGUUUAAGAUCCGCGAUAGGAUUACACCGGAGGAAACCCCUUCAGAGGUCAGCCCUAAAGUCACAAAAGGACUGGAGGCCGCCCAGACUGCCACAGGGGGAGCUGUGCGAUUCAGUAAGUUUUUAGUUGAUGGAGUAAGUACAGUAGCAGGGCAUGUAGCAGAUAAAGUGGUGCCGCAUGUGAAGAAACAUGGAUCCAAGUUGGUCCCAGAAUCAUUAAAAAGCAAAGAUGGUCGUCCUUCUAAACUUGAUGGAGCCAAGCAUGUUGCUGCCAGUAGUGUACAAGGUUUCAGUACACUCUGGUCAAGUCUGGAAGCGGGUGCAAAACUUGUUGGAAAAAGUGUAACCGCAGAGACAGUAACAACAGUGAAAUACAAGUAUGGCAUGGAUGCUGGAGAAGCCACAGAUACUGCUUUGAAAUCAGUGAUCAAUAUUGGAGUGACUGCUUAUAACAUUGACAACCUGGGAAUCAAAGCCAUCAUGAAGACUGCUGGAAAAACGACAGCAAAAGCCAUGGUGGUAAAAAAAGAUGGAAAAGAGUUAGAAUGGACAAAAACACAGAGUCCUCAGACAGAGACUGAAGCAAAAGACACACAAACAAAGUUAGAGGAGGAGGAGGAAAACAAAUAAGUGUAUGUGAUUGUGAUUAGUUUAAUGUGAUUGUAUUAUGUUGAUGUAAAUGUUGUAGACUGACGCACAACACAUUUAUAUGUUGUUUACAAUUUUAUUAUAAGCAAAUGGUUAACGGGCUUAAAACUAUGGACUAAUAGACCCCCGAGGGGAAUUCAUUAAUAUUAGAUUUUCUCCGGAGUACAUUUUACAUGCUUAAGAAUGUUUUUUGGAGUGUGAUUAUGGAUUAUAGUAUAAUGAAAUAUAAUAUUCAUGUCAAAACGCAUGACAUGUCUGUAUAAGUAUGUAUGUACUGUACAGUCCUCACAGUUUGAGGUAAAGCUCAGGGGGAACUCGAAACAAAACAGGAUGUGACCACAUAACUGCAAAAGAAAUAAACAAAAUAGAGGAAAGGGCUCCCUUUCGUAAAUGUGAUUGGUUAAUUUCUGUAUGCAUAU